AUGGCGCAGUUGACUGCAACCACCUUCUCUACCGAUCCGGCCCUGUGGAUCUUCACUUCCUUGACCGCUGGGAAUAUGCACAUCGUGACCGCCACGUCCCGUCUCGAGACCAUCCUGCGCGCCAACCGCGUCCCCUUCAAAGCCAUCGAUCUCUCCACCGAUGACAAGGCCCGCAUGCUUUGGGGCCGCCGUGCCGGCAAAGACGCCUCGGGUCGACCCAGGAAGCUCCCAGCCCUCAUACAAGAAGGCCUCGUCCUCGGUGACAUCGUCGAGAUCGAAGAAUGGAACGAAUAUGGCGAACUCAAGCAACAUGUCAAGAUCUACUACGACGAAUUCACCAUCCCCGAUAUCAACAACAAGCCCAAGGAAAUCGUCAAGAAGAAAAUUGUCAAAAAGGUACCAAAGGGCACGUUGGCAGCGAAAGCCGCUGCCGCUGCCUCCUCAUCUGAGUCUUCCUCAUCCGCUCCUGCGCCACCGCCGGCGCCUCCCUUGCCCAAGGACGACACAUCAAGCGCCCCAGCGCCUGCCAAAGACAAGCCAGCGAAUACGCCAAAGUCACCUGUCGAGAGUGCUACUACCGCGUCCCACCAGUCCAUCGCCGACGAGGCAGCCAAGAGGGCUAAGGAAAUCCGGCUGAAAUCGCUGCGCGAAAAGGUACAGGCAGCCGCAGAUAAAAGGGCCGAGGACGAAGCUGCGGCUGCAUCCGCGGCAACAACGACCGCCGCUGAGCCCGAAAAGAAGGCCGAAGCCAAAGCCGCUGCCGAACCUACGACCGCAACCCCGGAAACGCCCCGAAAGCCCUCCGUAGCAAGCACUGGCAGUGAUUCGUCGUCCCAGAGCGCCAAACCCCUCGGUCUUCAAUCGCCGACUACGGGCUCUUGGGGUAUCACUGCCAAUACGGCAACCAAUGCAGACGCUCUGCGCGAGACACUCCAGUCGCCGACAACAGCCCGGUGGAAGCCCUCCGACGUCGAUAAGCCCGUGACGGUCCACAUGGGCGCCGAGGUGGCUUCUGCAUCGCAGGAAGAGAUUGCCGCAGUCGAGAAGGCCGAAGCCAUCAAGGAAGAGCCCAGCCAGGAGAAUUCCGACGAGGAAGAGUCGGAUAAGAAGAAAAUUGCAGAGGUCGAGAAGGCCCAGGCCAUCAAGGAGGAGUCAGAGAAGGAGGAAGCGUCGAAGAAAGAGGAAGAGUUGAAGAAAGAGAAAGAGGAAGAGAAGAAGAGGAUUGCCGAGGUCGAGAAGGCCGAGACUAUCAAGGAGGAACCGGAAAAGGAGGAAGCCGAGGACACUACCAAGCCCGAUGUGGCGGAGAAGACAGCUGCGCCGAAGGAGGCUGCCGCGACAGAGAAGACCUCGGCCCCUGCGAAGGAAGUCAAGGCAGCGCCGCCUGCAGAAGAUGAUGACGAGGAGGAGGAGGACGACGACGAAGAAGACGAUAGCGACGACAGCAGCGAGGACAGUGAAGAAGACGAAGAAGAAAGUGAAACCGAGACGAAGCUCAAGGCCACUGAGGCAAAGAAGGAGGAUGCUGGGGGUUCGAAGGCGAAGGAGGCAGAAAUAGCUUCCAGGCCUAAAGCGGCAGUGCCGCAGAACGAUGGGAAGCCUGUGGGAGACGCAUAG